AUGUUUCUUAAUUAUGGAACUAUUCCCGGGAGUUGUCCCGUGGUUGGUAACUACGAAGAAGCAGUUUGGAACAUGCAGUGCCCUAUGUCAGGUCAAUGGUCAGUCCCAUUAGUGAAUAAAUGUGAUUAUAACGCAUACGAUGGGGCGUAUGGCUCAACAGUGCAGUGCUUCGGAACUGGGCAACAUGUACCGCAGGAGUUCAGUGAUGAUAGAGUGAUGUACACUCAGCCCGCCUUCCAAGCUCCAUUGCCAUGCCACCAGAAUGUAGACUGGGACUAUAACAACGCCUGUUUCAAUGUAGAUGGCCAACCAUGUCAAUACACAAACGUGGUAGAUUUAGAAGAUUUCAUGUAA